GCCCCAGCUGAGUUUGUCCAGCACCCGCAGUCCAUUUCCCGGCCUGUUGGCACUACAGCGAUCUUCACAUGUCUGGCCCAGGGAGAGCCACCACCUCAGAUCACAUGGCUGAAGAAUGGCCGGGAGUUGGAGCCCAAUGAACAUAUCAAGCUCAAGAAUAACAACAGCUCUCUAACUAUCUCCGGGAUCAGCCAGGAGGACGAGGCCAUUUACCAGUGUAUUGCUCAGAACAGCGCAGGCUCCAGUCAAGCCAGCGCUCGGCUUUCCGUAUUAUGGGCAGAAGGACUACCUGGGGCACCUCAAGACAUCACUGCCUCCACCAUAUCAUCCACCUCUAUCCAGGUAUCCUGGAAUGAGCCCCUGGAAAACACCCAGGAAAUUAUUGGAUAUGUAGUCCACAUCCGCAAAGCUGAAGAACCCAUUCAAAUGGAAUAUCAAGAGGCGGUAAGCAAAGACACUUUUCAGCAGAUAGUGACAGACCUGGAGCCUUCAACAACCUACAGCUUCUAUAUUAAAGCCUAUACCUCAAGAGGGGCCAGCAAGGCGUCCACCACUGUGGUGCAGAGCACGCUGGGAGAAGUGCCCGCUGUGCCAUCACUCUACAUCAAGGUUCUGAAUAGCACGGCCAUCCAGGCAGCCUGGGAGCCAUCCAUCAAACUGGGUCAGAACGAGGGCUUCAAACUCUACUACCGCAAGGUGCCAACGCCAAACUACACGGGGCCCAUGCUUCUGCCUAGCAACGUCACGGCGUAUAACAUCUGUAGGCUGGAUCCCCUAGUGGUGUACGAAGUGAAGUUACUGGCGUAUAAUCAACAUGGAGAUGGAAACUCCACAGUUCGUUUUGUAUCCUUGAAAGAGGCAUCUCCCCGAGCAGUACUGAAUCCAUCCUGUAACUGUGUGAUCGAUGAGCAGAAGGCAAAAUCCUCGGCCACCGGCAUCAUCAUUGGAAUUCAUAUUGGUGUCACCUGCAUCAUUUUUUGCAUCCUGUUUCUCAUGUUUGGAUAUCGUGGGAGGCUCAUGAAGUGUAAAGCUGCGCAGGACCCGAUCUCCGCUCCUCAAGGACCUGGAGGUGUCAGACUUUCAGAUCGAACGAGUCACAAUGGUGACACUGUGAGAGGCGGUGAAAUUCCAGAAACCAAGGGCAAAGUCAGUGAACUCAGCGAGAUGGAGCAUUUAUUUCACCACUCACCUUCUCACCAAAAUGGGCAACAAUCUGCUCCGUCUUGUCCUUUGGAUGAAACCCUGGUGUCCACCAUCACUCCAGAUGAAAUCAGCUUUACCGAAGAAGACCCUCCAGGGCACCUUACAUCAAGCCUUACAGCCACAACCAAGGACUGA